CAGACACCACUAGAGUUCUCCUUCUCCCAAGGAUGAGUGGCUUCCCCUGAAAAUCCUGUUUACCCCAGAAAGCUAGAAGAAGUGUGGACAGACGGGGAGAGAAAGAAGGGGAAAAAUUCAGACACAAUAAAACUCCGAGGCUGAAAGAGCAAUAUGUAGGAGAAAGGGAAGGAGGAGGAGGAGGGAGCUGCGGCCUGGGAUUGCAAAGUUUCGCCUGGGUGAACUUCUCUUCUUCCCUUUUGCAGCAGCAAAAAAGAGAGAAAAGCAAGCAAGAGCCCAGCCAAGUUAAACAAAUUAAAGGGUCAUGGCUCGUUUAACGAAACGGCGGCAGGCAGAUACAAAAGCUAUCCAGCAUCUUUGGGCGGCUAUAGAGAUCAUCCGAAAUCAGAAGCAAAUUGCUAACAUUGAUCGUAUUACAAAGUAUAUGUCUCGGGUUCAUGGUAUGCAUCCCAAAGAGACCACACGUCAACUUAGUUUAGCAGUGAAGGAUGGCCUUGUUGUUGAAACUUUGACAGUGGGAUGUAAGGGAUCAAAAGCUGGUAUUGAGCAAGAAGGAUACUGGCUGCCCGGAGAUGAAAUUGCCUACAGUAUGCAGCCUUUCUCCCGGACAACAGCAAAAAUCAAGGACUGGGAAACAGAAACUCAUGACUGGUAUUGUUUUGAAUGCCAUUUUCCUGGAGAGGUGUUGAUAUGUGACCUGUGUUUUCGUGUGUAUCAUUCCAAGUGUUUAUCUGAUGAGUUCAGGCUUAGAGACAGCAGUAGUCACUGGCAAUGCCCAGUUUGCAGGAGCAUUAAAAAGAAGAACACAAGCAAGCAAGAGAUGAGCACUUAUUUACGUUUCAUUGUCUCCCGAAUGAAGGAACGAGCUAUUGAUUUAAACAAAAAAGGCAAAGAUAACAAACACCCCAUGUAUCGUAGACUGGUGCACACAGCUGUUGAUGUCCCUACUAUACAAGAGAAAGUAAAUGAAGGAAAGUACAGGAGUUAUGAGGAAUUCAAAGCAGAUGCUCAGCUUCUUCUACACAACACAGUGAUUUUUUAUGGAGCAGAGAGUGAGCAAGCUGAUAUAGCCAGGAUGCUUUACAAAGAUACUUGCCAUGAGUUGGAUGAACUUCAGCUUUGCAAGAACUGCUUUUAUUUAUCGAAUGCACGUCCUGACAAUUGGUUCUGCUAUCCUUGUAUACCCAAUCACGAGUUGGUUUGGGCUAAAAUGAAAGGUUUUGGAUUUUGGCCUGCCAAAGUCAUGCAGAAAGAAGACAAUCAGGUCGACGUUCGUUUUUUUGGCCAUCACCACCAAAGGGCCUGGAUUCCUUCAGAAAACAUUCAAGACAUCACAGUUAAUGUACAUAGACUUCAUGUAAAGCGCAGCAUGGGUUGGAAAAAAGCAUGUGAUGAGCUGGAACUGCAUCAACGUUUCCUCCGGGAUGGCAGAUUCUGGAAAUCAAAGAAUGAGGAAAAAGGAGAGGAGGAAGCCGAGUCCAGCAUCUCCUCUACCAGCAAUGAGCAGCUAAAGGUUACUCAGGAACCAAGAGCAAAGAAAGGAAGACGUAAUCAAAGUGUGGAACCCAAAAAGGAAGAACCAGAGCCUGAAACAGAAGCAGUGAGUUCAAGCCAGGAAAUCCCCGCCAUGCCUCAGCCCAUUGAAAAAGUUUCAGUCUCAACCCAGACCAAGAAGUUAAGUGCCUCUUCUCCAAAAAUGCUGCAUCGCAGCACCCAGACCAAUAAUGAUGGAGUGUGUCAAAACAUGUGCCAUGACAAAUACACCAAAAUCUUCAGUGAUUUCAAAGAAAGAAUCAAGGCUGAUCAUAAGCGGGAGACUGAAAGAGUCAUGCGAGAAGCUAUUGAGAAGCUGCGCACAGAAAUGGAGGAGGAGAAAAGGCAGGCUGUGAACAAAGCUGUUGCAAAUAUGCAGACUGAGAGUGACAGGAAGACAAAGCAGGUAAAGGAGAAGUGCAAAGAAGAGUUUUUAGAAGAAGUCAAGAAGUUAGCCAGCCAACACAAACAACUUAUUUCCCAGACCAAGAAGAAGCAGUGGUGCUACAACUGUGAAGAGGAGGCCAUGUAUCACUGCUGCUGGAACACAUCCUAUUGCUCCAUCAAGUGCCAGCAGGAGCAUUGGCACGCCGAGCACAAGCGCACCUGCCGCCGGAAAAGAUGAAGGUCCCUUGCCCUGCGGAGGGGCCGCCCUGACUGUGCGACGCUCUGACGCAGCAGCUUCCGAGCGUUUGGUUGGUUGGUUUCUAAUGUCUGUUUCCAAGGGGUCAGAUUUAUAUAGAGUUCGUUCCCUGUAUGUUUCCCCCUCCUUUCUUUUAUUUUUCUUUUUGCACCAGCCUUUAAAUCACUUUUUUGUAAAGAACUUUUUGCACAGUUAGAUUUCUGUCUUGUUUCAUGCUCCUCUCAAAUUGUCUGCUCCUCUCCCCCCCUUCCAUGUAUUUUUUGUUGUCAAUAAGACAAUUUGAAUCUCAAUUGGAGCAUAUUCCAUUUUGGUCAAGUUUUACCUGGGAAAUUUGUUGUGUUUUCGGCAAAUUAAAAAAAAAAGGAAAGCAGAGUUUUUAGGUUUCAUAGAGACAAAGACAUAUAAUAAAAAGAACGUUUUAAGAUCUUUAAAAGAAGUUUUUAAAAAGUUUAAAACUGUUCAGAAAAGAAGACAAAGCAUACUACCUGGAUGAAAAGCUCACCUGUUAAUUGCAUGAGCUGGUUUUGUUCAGCUUAAUUUACUGUUUCAAAGGCAUUAUCUAUUGGUUUGUACCACUGGGUAUACUAUUCAAUUUUGGGAACAGGGUUGACACCGCAGGUUCUAGUCCUGCGUAUUUUUUUCUUGAAACUUUUUUUUCCCCAAUUGUACCAAUUUUUUUUCAAUAUGUAGCUUUUUAUAACAAAGAUAUUAGCUUUGAUCUUAGGGUUAAAAUCUACAGGGGACUGGGUGGCCUUUUGCUGAGCCAGAUCUUAGGAAAGAAAAUAUUUAAAUUUUAAAUUUAAAUUUUUGCACAUUUCAAACUUCUUCUACAGUGAAUGCUUGUAAAAAGAAAGCCAAAAAAGAAAGGAAAUCCCAGUUUUUAAUUUAGUCAUCUAGGGAGAAGCAGUGAGGAUGAGGCAUAAAAGGAAAAUACACUUAACCCCCCCCCCCUUUAUAGCACCCACAAAAUCCCCACCAUAUGAAAUGAUAUUCGAUUGACCAUUAAUAAUCUUCGUUGCUUACUCUAUGGUAAAUUAAUUGAAUUUGGGGGAUAGGGCAGAGCACUUAAGUUUCACAAAAGCAGUUAUGUCUGUAAUAAUUCGUUAUUGCCAUCUCUAUACUUAGAAUGAAGAAUAAUGCAUGUUAAUUUUUCCUGUAUUAAAGAUGCUGUGAUUUGUAAAAAGUCUGUCUUUUGCAGAAUGUCUGGAUAAAGAAGCGUUCCCUUAGGAAUGGAUCGAUAGUUGAAAACUGAUUUCCCUCCUUCCUUCCUUUUUGUUUUAUUUUAUGUAUAGCUAUAUAUAUAAAAUGCAUCCAUCUUCAGAGACAAUUUUUUAAUAAUAGGUGUAAAGGUUAUUUAACCAACCUUUAAUUUCUUUUAAAGCUUCUCACCAAUUUAGGCGUCUUUCAAACAAAAAGUGGUCUUAGACUCAAUUAAUGGGCCAUUAAUCGCCUAGUAAUUUUUUUCCAAGUUCGAAGCAUAAUUUGUAAAUAUUUAUUUAGAUCUUGGAUAUUUAUUGAAAGCGAAGACACAAUGAAAUUAUGGAAAUGGAAGAACUGGGAGGAAGGAAAUGCUUUCUCUGUUUUCUGUUUCCUCUGGAUUUUAGCAGGGUCCGUAUGAAGAUUAAGUUCAUAUUAAGACUUUUGUGAUCUGUCAGGACAACCCAGAUCAUAAAUAUAACAAACUGGAUAGUUUCAAAAAUAAUUUUCCAGAAUUCAGACCACAUAAUCUGACUUUAAAAUAGACAUAAUAGAGAGAUGGUAACAUUAUUCCCAACCUAGCGAUCUUUUCAUACAAAAUGUGCACACAGAUCUCAUUCAGGUACAUACACUUUGCUGCUUGUUCUAGUGGGCAAAAUAUAUUUAUAUAGGCAAAUACAAAUCCAGGCAGAUUUGUUUCUUUCACUGACAUAUAUGGGACAGAUGUUACCAACAGAGUAGCUCUACACAAGCUUUACACAUGCUUUUGGGCCCAUAGAAAGAUGCUACAUUGGUUGAGAGCAUCAACUGAUGUCAUGAGAUAACACCUUAGCACAGUGUUUCUCAAAUUCUGCUCCUCCAGGUGAUUUGGACUUCAGCUCCCAGAAAUCCCAGCCAUCUUACCAACUGUUAGGAAUUGUGGGAGCUGAAGUCCAAAACAUCUGGAGAAGCAAGCACAGUUUGAGAACCACUGCCUUAGACAAUAGAGUAACUAAGUUUCUUUGCUAUGCUAUGAAGGAAGUCAUCACCAUUGCAGGAACUGCAACAAAAAUAAUAACCUUUAAUUGUUUUUACAGUUUUCAAAAACCUCAACAAAAACCUUCGGUCCAAACCUAAAAAAGCAAAACUUUUUGUGAAAGCUCUUUUUAAAAAAAAUGACGUAAAAUCAUUCCAAGAUAUCUAAUAUUUAACUGAUAGCUGCAUGAAAGUAAGAUUCGUGUUCCUUUGAUCUUUUUCUUUUUUGUCUCUGUUGACACGGUUGCACAUUUUCGAGUUACUACAGUGUGAAAACUGUGUGUUUUUUGUAAAAAUCGACAAAAGGAUAACAAAAAAAUUGUGGCCUGGUUUUGUAUAAGUUUUAGGGGAAAUAUCAUUGUUUUAGGAAUCUUGAUUUUAAAAAUAUUUUUCCUGCAAAUCAUAAAGCUAUAUUAAAGUGUUGAGCUUUUAGCCACUAUGCACAUUGUAAUUUACUCAUUGUGGCUGUCCAGUUCUAUGAUGCAUUCUGGCAUUUUGUAAGCUGCUCUGACUAGCAAUAUAUAGAGUCAUUAAAUGUGUUAACAUUGGUUAAUAAAUGUAUUUGAAAAGGCAA